AUGGCAGCAAUCGGUACCGACGAUGCUGCCACCGUUUUGGAUCAAUUUUGCCACGAUGUCGCAAACUUGCCCGCUGAGAUAGCUCAUUUACUGGAAGAAAUACAAGCAAAGGACCAACACAUUCAAGACUUGCGCGAUGUCAUCAACACCCGUGACAGAUCGAUACAAAACUUCGUCAGAGCCCAGGGCGGGCACGUCAAGAAUCCCAAGGAAGAUGGCCUCACAAAAGUCAUCAUGGCAAAUUUUGACCGCAUCGAAAUUCUACAGGCUGAGAAACUGGGUCUGAGUGAAAAAGCCAUGAGAUUGCUCGACCGAAAUGUUAGAAGAUUCGACGUCAAGCUGCGUGAUCUGGUCAACAGCGAGCAGAUGCCUCCAGAUCCGACUCUGCCAUCUCUAUUGCUGCCUGAGGCUGGCAGUGUUGCUGCAAGCAAUGCUCCCUCGGCUGCCGCAGCCAUCAACUCAGCCCAAUCCGGUGGUGCACCUAAUGUUGCCAAUGCAGCUAUUGCUCGUCUACACGCUACCAAUCAACGCACAUCCUCACCUUUGAAUGCCCAAAACGCCCUUCUCAACCAAGCACAUCUAAACAGUCCCUCAGCAAGAUCACAGCGUGAAAGCAGCGCAGACGCGUCAAAGCGACGUCGCCUAAACACCUCCCUAAGCGGCACCGUCCCCACCACUGCCUCAUCCCUCAGACAAUCAUCCCUAGGCCCCUCAUCAGGAACCCCCAAAGCAGGUACUCCAAAUCCAGCUUCCAGUCGUGCAGGAUCAGCUCAACCCAACAAAAAAGCACCGCACAACAAGAGAAUCGCCCCUCACCAAGCCUCAGCCUCUGCAUCAAACAGAAAACGCAUACGAUCCUCCAACGCAGCAGCUCUCAAAAAAGGCGGUGGUGCAGACCGCAAACGCCACCUUACCUCCCCAACACCUUCUUCAUCACGAGGCAGCGUAUCUCCCACUCCCUCCACUUUGCCUCUCGGUGUGGACGGCACCGUCGACUCUCGCUCGCGAUUACGAGGCACGAGAGCAGCAUCAGCAGCUUCAGACGACGAAAACGACGAUGCAGAGCCAGAUGCUGAGGGCGAGGAAGACGAUACACAGGUCUAUUGUGUGUGCCAGCGCGUGUCCUUUGGCGAUAUGGUUGCCUGCGAUAACGACGACUGUCCGCAUCAAUGGUUCCAUUGGGGUUGUGUGGAUCUCAAAGCUGAGCCAAAGGGCGAGUGGCUGUGUCCACAUUGUCGCGAGUUGCCGAGGAGUAAGAUUGUAAAGACAUCAGACAAGUGA